AUGGAUCUUUGUGAAUUAUUCGAUAGAAUGAGUUAUAACAAGGUUCUGAAUAGGCAGAACUUCCAACGACUCAGUUAUAACUCCGGGACAUUCUUACUUUGCUUACUGAUCAGCGUAUUUCAGAACGAAUUAAGCUGCGAGGAUAGAGGAAGGCUGAGAACGGAUGCAAACAAAUUGAAGUGGAAGAUUCUGAAGAGCGGAUCGUUUCAGGAUGCCUACAAGAAGCGUCUUGUAAUUUUCUGCACAUUAACUUCUUCCGCAGUUCAGCGAUUAGCGCAAGUAAACUGGCAUCCAGAUGUCAUUAUCAUCGAUGAAGCGGCUCAAGCCUCCGAACCUGUAGCUUGGGCGGCAGUAGUACAAGCUAGAAGAUGCGUCUUAGCAGGUGAUCAUGCGCAGCUUCCUUCGACGAUACUGUCAACAGAAGCACACAAAGGUGGACUUCACGUCUCCCUAAUGGAAAGACUUGCCAAAGAAUUUGCGAAUGCUAACAUUAAUCAGCUACUUACGACACAGUAUAGAAUGAAUGAGAAGAUUAUGCAGUGGUCUUCGCAUGAAUUCUAUGAUUCUAGAUUGAUUGCAAGUGAAGCUGUUGCGAAGAUCACAUUAAGUGAUAUAUCAUUCAUAGACCCUACAUCCGCCUUCAACAACCCUCUGGUUAUGUUGAAUACGGAUCUCAGGAACAAUAGUGCCAAAAGUUUUUACAAAGAAGUGCGGGAGCAGAUGUCUUAUAAGAAUCCAGGAGAAGCGCAGCUUGUAGUUAGGUAUCUGCAAGUUCUAAAGUCUCUUGGAAUUCCCGCGAAAGAGAUUGCCGUAAUCUCUCCGUACUAUGCCCAGGUGGCGGCAUUACGUGAAAUGGUAGAAGGCACUGAUGUAGCCAUAAAUACUGUAGACUCUUUCCAAGGACAAGAACGAGAAUCUCUUGGAAUUCCCGCGAAAGAGAUUGCCGUAAUCUCUCCGUACUAUGCCCAGGUAGCGGCAUUACGUGCAAUGGUAGAAGGCACUGAUGUAGCCAUAAAUACUGUAGACUCUUUCCAAGGACAAGAACGAGAAGUGGUCAUAUUCUCUAUGGUGCGGCAUAAUGAAGAA